AUGGGUAGACUGAUCAAGAACCACUGGGGGCGAUUGAUCAUUCUGACUGCCGCAGCUUAUCAAAUCGCCAGCGCCGUCGAAGGCUUCAUCUGGCCCAAAGUGUUCUUCGACUUUGUAUCCAGAAACCUCGAUGCGGCCGUUGCACCGGUUCCCGUCCUCCAAAUCCUCAACCUCUUAAUGGGUCUUCUAGGCAUAGCCUGGGAGUGGCCUCUUAAACCAUUCGCCGGCUCAGCGCCGCACCGAAGCAUCGAAAUUCGUCUCAUCAUAUACCCACUCAGCGCAUUGCUUGCAGCACUUUUAUAUCAAGGCACCGAUCCAGCAAUAUACUAUUUGGUUGGGAUAGGUGUUUAUUUCUGGGCCUACAGUGAAGGCGAGGUCGUUUGCCCGGAGCCAUGGACCUUGCCGAAACGGCGUGGAUUACUCAAAGCAUAA